GUAAAUCGGGGCUCUAGUAUGAGAUCGAGAUCCGGGAAGGAUGAAAUCAUGGAAUUACAUGAGAUCUGUACACAAAAGAUCAAAGACAAAGAACAUUUCAAAAUCCUGACUUCGACGCUUUGAUGCACCAAAUCCGACUCAAAAACAGUCACGGCUUGUGCUUGCGACCUAAAAAGUCGCCACUCGGUACGCGCAGUAGAAUUUUUGAGAAAAAUAAAUCUGUCAAGUUCCAGGCUGGCUUAAGUAGAUCUUCAUCUUCUUGUCCAAUUCCAACCCACACCUCGCAGGAAAUCGUGCAUUGCAAACUUAUGGUUCGCUUCGCUACUGAAUAAAAUUCAAACUUCAUCGCCCUGGGGUUUUACUUCGCAAUACUUUCAUUUUCGUCUUGCUCUCGUCUUUCAUGUGUAAACCCAUACCGACGACACAGAUUCUCGCAGUUCCUUUCGGUUGCAUUGCUCUAUUUUCGUUUCUCUCACGGAUCGACUUCAUUCGCGUUCUUUCUAUUGCAAGAACGUGACAACUAUUGUUACAGCAACUUUCUCUACUACUGUUGGCGGAUAUUAGGAUUGCUCAGUCAACUACCGAUAUAGUCUCACAAUGAUGAAGCGCUUGGCAGUCGCGACGCUCUUGGGGCGCCAAGACUUUUUCGUCGUCGCCUUGAAGGCCUCGCCGUCGUCCUCGGCCGGGUUGACUUUGGCCUCCGGGACGGGUAGUUCGCAGGAAGAAGAAGGUCAUGCGGAACUACAAGCCAGCCACCAGAGCCAGACCAAUGGCGCUCUUCGGCUGGACCUGCACGGAAAGCAGAUUGCGAGCUUUUUACAUUCUCCCGCACCGUCCCCGUUUAUUUCCCAAGAUCUGGAGCGUGUGAACCGCACGAUGCGCGCCAUUGGCGUGGCGCACUUCUACAGCCACUUUGUCAAGACGGUUUUCGGUGGUCAAGAGGACGCUUUGCGCCGGCCUGUACACGAAUUGUUGGGCAAACGGCUGGAACAGGCUCGCAGAACGUUCGAAGAAAAGCUAGAUGCCGGCCAGGGGGAGCCGGAUAGAAUUACUAUGCUUUAUCCUGUGGAAAAACGUCCCCACCCCAGAGUUUGACUUGUGAUGCAGAUUGGUAAUUUCGGGUGCAGGAACGUGAACAGUUGUAAUGCGCAUCCCACAACAGCCGUUUACGUUUUCAAUCGACGUGUUUGGAAAUUUGUAUAAUGCUGUGAACAGGAUAAGCAGAUGGAUUUGUAAUGCGGCUGUCCUUCCUAGGACCCUGCACUUCACUACGGACCACAACUUGUCAUGCGUGGCUUCCAAUAAAACUUCCGGACUUGUGCUGCAGAGUUCGCAGCAACUUCACUACGGGGUGGGGACCUUUUUACAUAUGAUAUGCUUGAUGGCGAGCGAAUUGAGCUCGGCGAAAUGGAUGCUUCCUUUUUGUUGCGCCAUGUGUUCUACGCAUUGCAAAUAUCGAAGAUUAAAGUCUGGAAGCAGGAAACAGAUUGUCAUAAAUAAAGCAAGCUUCGAUCUUGAUCUUCCCGAAAUAAAAAUCUGUAUUGCGUAAAUGAACGCCAAAAGUAGUUGCCCACUUCUUGCUAGGCAAGGUGCGGACUCCUCAUUUUGGAUAGGCUUGAGGAAGAUCUCGCAGUAGAAUUAUCUGUGAUGUCUUUGUGUGCAUUCUAGACCAUGCUGCGUACUAUGGAGUGCGAGACGCAUCAUGACACAUCUUGCACUCUACUUUCACACCCCGAUCCGUCUUCGGUAUUUGCAGUUGAUAUGCCCGAGCUGUUUUUCGAGAAAGAAGAGAACCUCUGUGUCCACGACGAUCGUCUUCGUGCCCCACAGUGUCCGAACUUGUGCCCUCCGCGGGCGGACCACGAGACAGUGAUGAUGAUCAACGCGGGUGUAUGA